CACAACGGGGGCCCGCCCCGGCGGGGCAUUUGGACUUUUUAAUCAUGAUGAGCUAUGACGAAAAAUAAAAAUGGAGCGGGUAGCAAUAAUAGGGAGUGGUUUUAUUGGAAAAUGCUGGGCUGUGUUGUUUGUGAAGUCUGGAUAUGCUGUUAAUCUCUAUGAUGUGCUUUUUACUGAGAAUAAAGGAGCAGUUGAAGCUGCUCUACAAGUCAUAUCCGGCAAACUGGUAGAGCUAAAGGAAUACGGACUGCUUUCUGACGAUCAGGUACCAGAGGAACUAGUCAAGAAUGUCACGCCAACUGAUAACCUUAAAUCAGCACUAACUGGUGUCAUAUAUGUACAGGAGUGUAUACCUGAGAAUGUUGACAUGAAGAAAGAGCUAUUUAAACAAUUAGACGAGCUAAUAGUGGAUGACAGUGUAAUACUAGCAAGUUCAUCUUCUUGCAUCGUACCAUCAAGAUUCACAUCUGACCUGAAGCACAGACAAAACUGUAUAGUAGCUCAUCCUCUUAAUCCUCCUCAUUAUACUCCAUUGGUUGAAGUAUUACCGUCACCAUUCACCAGUGAGGACACAUUGUCACGUACAAUGACAAUAUUAAAGAGGUUAGGACAGUCUCCUAUUCACGUCAAGAAAGAGGUGAAUGGUUUUGUUGUCAACCGAUUGCAGUAUGCACUCAUCAUGGAAGCAUGGAGACUUGUCAAUGAUGGAGUAGCUUCACCAGAAGAUGUAGACAAGGCCAUAUCACAGGGCCUUGGUCUCAGGUAUUCAUUCAUGGGACCAUUUGAAGUAAUGCAUUUGAAUGCAACUGGAAUGCAGCAGUACUGUGAGCUGUAUGGGGAGAACAUCACUCGUGUCUGUGAAACACAAUCGCAGGCUCAUUUACUAUCAGGACCAACACUGGAAACAAUAAGAGUUGCUAUGGAGGCUCAAACACCUCUAGAGUCAUUGAAUGAGAGGAGGAAGUGGAGAGAUGAAAGAUUGGCUUCAUUAGCAGCUCAUAAAAAAGAAAUGAACAAAAAAGACUAAAAGUUAGAUUUAUCAUUAUUCCACACACACACAAAUGCUAAUAUUACUAAUUAUAAUUAAAAUGUGUUAAAUUAUUUAAAGAGUCAUGCAGCCUCAAUCCA